GACAAAGUUAAUUUUUUGCGCGCCUUUCGCUGUUUGUGUUUUUUUGUGUAUAGUUUUCCAUCUCUUCGAGUGCCGAUUUUCAUUUACGUACUUACACAUAUUUGGCGCGCUCACUUUGCCACCUUCGACACUUGGUUAUUCUUUUUGACUUGUGGCAGAAUUCAACUUGUGGUGCAACCUGUUAUCUGAAAUAUCAUUGAACACUAUCAUCUCUCAAUAAUUUGAGUUUCAAUACGACCUUUUGCAAUGUGACUAUCUAAGUGUGACUGCAGCUUUAUUGUCGUUUUGUUGCAAAAUCGAAAAAGAUUAUAUCAAAUACAAUUUCAGAGCAGUUAAAUCUGUUUUUCAAUUAUAAGCAAUACAAAAAAAAAAAUCACUAAAGGUGAAGAUUUUCAAUAUUGGAUUACAUAUUUGGAUUACCAUAAAAAAGGAACCUUAAAGCUUUAGAAAUGGGCACUAUCGAGAAACGCUCUUUCUCCUUCCGUUUGCGUCGCUCAUUUGGCGAUGGCGGCAGCACCAAUAGCCGCAAUAGCAACAAUAAUAGCAGCACCUGUACCAAUCACAACAAUCAGAAACGUUGUAGUACUCCUUUAACGCCAACCAGCACUAGUACAGGACGACUGGAGGUUCCUGGAGCUGCCUCGGUUAGUCGUCGCAGCAGCAUCUAUAAGAAGCCGGACAAGAAUGAUGGUGGACAAAUCCAUUUGAUUCCGGAUGUGGAGCUGCCAUUGAUGACAUUUGCCGAUCAGUACAAUAUAGAAAAGACACUGGCUGAGGGAUGUUUUGCCAAAAUUUUAUUAUGCCGUCAUCGACCCACCAAUACGCUGGUGGCUUUGAAGGCUGUGCAUGCCGAACUGACCACUAUUAAGGAGUUUCAAAAGGAAUUUCAUUAUAAUUAUGAGCUAUCCCAUCAUCGUCACAUACUGAGCGCAUAUGCAGUGGCAUUUCAGACUAAAGACUAUUAUGUAUUUGCCAUGGAGCAUGCUCCAUAUGGAGACUUGGCCACCAAUAUAGGACCAAAUGGUUUACAUGAGACGGCUUGUAAAUUGAUCUCGGAACAAUUAAGUUCGGCAUUGGGUUUCAUGCAUUCAAAGAAUCUGGUGCAUCGCGAUCUGAAGAUAGAAAAUGUUUUAGUUUUCACUCCAGACUUUGCACGUGUUAAGCUUUGCGAUUUUGGAGCCACCACCAAGAAGGGUUUGCUUGUCCACAAGGUAAAGCAUACUUGGACCAGCUGUGUGCCGCCCGAGCAAUUGGAAUUGAUUAAGAACGAAAGGUUUCAGUGCCUGCCGAUAAGUGAUUCCUGGCAAUUUGGCAUUUUAUUGUACAACAUUUUGACUGGCAAUCCACCAUGGCAAGCCGCUGAUUGGGUCAAGGAUCAGGGCUAUGCCAAUUUUAUGAAAUACGAGCAACGUAAGACCACUAAAGUGCCGGACAACUUUCGACGUUUCUCUCCGCGCCUAAUGCGUUGCUUCCGCAAGUAUUUGAGUCAUGAUCCCGAAGAUCGCUGCAAGAUUACAGAGGUUACCAAAUACAUGAAGGAUCGUUGGGUUGAGUGCCGCAUAUCGGCAUCCAAAUCAGCGACACUCAUCUCACCAAAUAACCAUGAUCAGGACUCUUGCAUCUAUCUUAAUCAGCGCGAGGGCAGAUUGUCAGGUGAUGAGAAUAAGUUAAGAUUUAAGCGUAUGAUGUCCAGCUAUGGUCUGGAUGUACCCAUUGAUCAGGCGAUGGUUAGAAGGCGUGUCUGGGAUUGGCUUAAGACAUGUGAUGCCAAUUAUGAUCCCGAUGUUGAAAGUUUGCAUGCAUUGGAUCUAAUGCAAUAGACUAGCUCCGAGUAGCUACAACAGAUAUUAGUUGUUUUUUUCGACAAUUUUGAGAAUUUGUAGAUCUAUAAGAUCAUAUAUUGUAUACAAGCAUACAUAUGCUAAUUAUAUGCAUUAUUUCUAAGAUACAUGAGAAGGUACUUCUCCAAUAUAGACGGAAAUUUACUAAGUAGUAGAAAUUUCUAAUGAAAAACAUAAAAUAAAAAUAAAAAACACGUCGACGGAUAACUUUCCACUAGUGUUACCUUUUCUAGUCUUCCUCUACA